AUGUCUGCUCAAUGUGUUCCUGCCCAGCCCGUGGAGGAUAACGACAUGGAGAUUGUUGACAAUGAACCAGCUCAUGAAGCUCCCAAUCACAAUCGCCCCAUGUACGAUGAGGAUGUUAUUGAGAUUGUUGACAAUGAACCCGCUCAUGAAGCCCCCUCUCGCUCUAUUCACGAUGAGAAUAUCAUUGAGAUCGCUGACAAUGAACCCGCUCAUGAAGCUCCCACUCGCCCCAUGUAUGAUGAGGACGUCAUUGAGAUUGUUGACAAUGAACCCACCUCGGAGCAAACCAUACUUGAUGAUGAUAUCAUUGAGAGUAUCGACAAUGAGCCCGCUGUCAAUCCAACAGUCACAAUGCCAUCAAUGGCCUCGCCCACUUUCCAGCACACUUCCCACUACACCGGAUGCCUUGCAGAGGCAGCGACACCUUCAGCUCGAAAAAGGGUCAGAUGGGAUGACUCUGUGCGCGAUGUAGCAAGCAUUGAUACACCAAGGGCUGCCUCUCCUCUUUCUGCAUACAAGUCUAAGCCCAAGGGCUCGUCAAAAUUCAUGAAGCUCGCAUGCGUGUCUCAAAUCAAAAAUCUUGACAGGUUCUUUCUCCAUCUGUACAGCAUUGUCCAUAGUGCUGGCCACCAGGAGAUGUGGGGUGUGCCCCUCAAGGGUGCCAACGAUAUUCACGCAGCCAAUGUGCUCAUCAAAUUUUUGCGUGCCAAUGAUGGCAAUCUUGAGAACGCAGAGAAGCACCUUACAAAGGCACUCAAGUGGCGCAAAAAGGUUAAGCCCCAGAAGCUUGUCGAAUCAGGCGUGUUCAGCAGUCGAAUUUAUGACGGGCUCGGUUACGUCGCAACAUAUCGUGAGAAUGGUCAUCCAAUUGUUCUGAGCUGGAACAUCUAUGACCAAGUCAAGACCCCGCGCGAGCCCGUUUGCAGCCUCAUGAAGUCCAUGAAAUGGCGAAUUGCGCAGGUGGAGAUGGCAGUCAUGCAACUGCACUUGCGUGAUGCCACCACCACCACAAACUACAGGCCAGAGUGGGACCCAUACCGGAUCAUUGAGAUCCACGACUGCUCAAGCCUCACUUUCCUCCCCGCACGGCUUGCAGCGCUUAUCGCCAUCAAGAGGGCCGCAAAGGUUGUUUCUCUUGCCUAUCCUGAGGUGGUGCAAAAGAGAUACUUUGUUGGUGCUUCACCUACGGGGUGGCUCACCUCACACCUGAGCCGAGGGUGCAACUUCCACCUGGUAUCCAGCCAGGCGGAAGUUGCUAAAGAGUUUCCAGCUUUGAUCGCUGAGAAACUCCCCGAGGUAUAUGGUGGGAGUGGGCCCGAAUUGAAGGAAUAUGCGCUGCAGGUCGCGUUGGUAAAGGACAAGUAG